GAUGGCGACACAGCGCCCCAGUUGGGAAACAAACAAACUGUGCAACGAGAAAAUGGCGCUUUCUGUCGAGUCGAGUGCAUUUGGUCGUGAGGUUGCGGCGAGAGUGCUUCCAGACAACAGCAUCGUUUGAGCCGUUCGAUGGUUAAAUCGCCCCAAAACGACGAAAAACGGUGAAAAUGAGUGAAAAAUGCGAGAAAAACGGGCCUGAAAACCCGGAUGGAAAAACGCCUGCAACGCUUCCCCAAGGUGACGUCGUUCAACAGAAAGAUGCGUGCGCACCCGCGAGAAACGAACCGAAGCCGAAGUCGCCCGAAUGCGACAUACCGACCAAAAAGAGAAAGACGAGACGCGGAAAAUCCAAAAGGAGGUACCCGUACCCAAAGAACGGACGCAAGUCCACGAAAGUAAUGAAACCGGAAGCCCCCUACAACAGCAACCAGUUCCUGUUGGAGGACCACGGCAACAUCGAGGAGCUGGACGAGAACCUGAAGAACGCCGACCAAAACUCCACCACGUCGCGGACGCGCGACUCCAGCUUCAGCGUGGACUCCGAGGGGGAGUUCUACUCGUCCCCCGACGACGAGGAGCAGUUCCUCAUCAAGGACUUCGUCGAUCAGUACGAGAGCGUCCAGGCCGAAAGACUGCAAUCGAUGUCGAAAGACAAACUCAUCCAGGAGUACCUCAUGCUCGAGAGCAAACUGGAGCUGUUGACGAAGAGGCAGCGCAAGAGGGAGGCCACCACCAACUCAUCGGCGGACCUCCAAAGCGAGGUUGAAAGACUGACGAUCGAAAACGAAGCUUUAAGACGCGAAAACGCCGCGUUGCGGAGUAAGACUUGCAGUUCGAAUUCGGAGGACUCGGAGACGGACUCGAACGACUCGUGCUCGAGCACGAGCAGCAGCAGCAGCAGCUGUUGCUCGGCCGAGGCGCCGCCGAGUCCCGUGCUCGACUACUCACAGACGAAUGGCCAUUCGGCGAGCGUCGAAACCGUCUGAGGACUUUCAUUUUUGAGUUUUGAGAGUUUUAAUACCAGUGUUGUUUCAUUCCUAAAUUUUAAAGGGCUGUUCUCGAUUCCAGUUUUUCGUUAUUUGUAGAGACAGUAAGUGUAAAGUGCUUCGUUUCGAUUAUUUAUGGACAUCGCAUCACAAUAGACAGUCUUAUUGUCCUCCAUAGUUACUUAGUCGGUUUUCUCAAUACUAGUUUCACAGGUUCGGCCAUUUUUUUUGUAUUAUAUCAUUAUUUAUAAAAAAUGUACGUUUUUAUAUUGAAAUUUGUAGAUAAGAAAUCUAGAUUUAAAUUAUUGCAUAAACAAGUUAAAAUGA